ACCUAAGUAGGGUUAAGUGGUUAACCGCUCUAAAGUCUCAAAUGGUUCAUUGAACGACUUCAAUGAACCAUUCACGAUUACGCCUAUUGAUUAAAAUGAAUCAGAUAACCGCUUGAAGUCCUCCACUUGGAAUAAGAAAGGAAAGCUUAACAGAUGAGAAGAUGGAUUGCAGGGGAGAACUGGGGAAGCCGUUGAUUCUGUUAAUAUGUGGAACUCUUGUUUACUACCACUGCGUCUACCGAAACUCUAGUCUUCUUUCACUCGUCUCCGAUGUCUUCAUCGUCCUCCUCUGCUCUCUUGCCAUUCUUGGAAUGCUAUUUCGUCAGAUGAACAUCUCGGUACCCGUGGAUCCUCUUGAAUGGCAGAUUUCUCAGGACGCAGCUAAUAGCUUUAUUGCAUGCUUGGCUAAUACAGUCGGAGCUGCUGAGUCUGUUUUGAGGGUUGCUGCGACUGGGCAUGACAAGAGGCUCUUUCUUAAGGUGGUCAGCAUUCUUUACUUGCUUUCUGCAUUGGGACGAUUGGCCUCAGGUGCUACAGUUGUGUAUGCUGGGUUAUGCUUGUUUUGUGUGUGCAUUUUGGCCCAAAGCUCCAUAUCAGUCAGUGCCUGCGCUGUGCAGUUAAUUGGUAGAAGAGAUUCUGUAGGCCCUAUACAGAACACCUUGUAGUCAUUGCGAAUAUUGCAUUGCUAGUCAUCGAUUGUAUAUAUACCGGUAAUUUCUAUUUCUGUGAGAGGCAUGCUCUAACUGGUGGCCAUGCUUGUUUUAAAUGAGUAUUGGAUUGAGAAUGUCAUCUUUGAACAAAUGAUUUCAAUUCAAUUCCAAACUGGGAGACAUCUACUUUUUCAUAUUUAUGUAUGGAUGAUAUAUUAGUGAGAUGAUGUGAUGCGGUUUGACAUCAAA